AUGAUCCCCCAUACGAGACUGGCCCUUCUUUUCUCCUUUGCUCUCGAUUUCCGAACCGAGCCAUCCAUUGUGUGGGAAACCUUCUCAUUUGUUAUGCAGGCAGGGAAGCGUCCCUUCCAGCCCGCGUCUCACAUUCUUGAACAUACGCACAACCCGUAUGAGCAAGCCGACGAGAGACAAUGCGGCAACAUGCGUACCCUGAGAAAAGUGGCUCGGGCACGACCGACCCGGGAGCGUAAGACGGUGCAGAAGGGCUACGAGUUCGAGGUCGAAGCCAAGGUCAUUGCUCACGACAUCCCGCGCAAAAGCGCUAAACGACUGAGCAAGAGCACGUCGCCUCCCUGCUAUGUCCCAGAUCAGUCGGAUUCGGAUUAUGGCGGCUACUCCGAAGCUUCUGGCGAUACUGACCCCCUUCAGGCCGCCGCUUUUGCCUCUGUGAGCAGGGAAUCACGGGAGACUCGCGCAUCUAUGAGCCGCGGGCAGCCGAGGAAACAGAGUGUAGGAUCCAUGAAAUCAACAAUAGACGAUUCUCAGGCCGAAAUCCAAGUAGUCAACAUGUCAAAGCAGGAGCCUCUGCAGGAGUCUCAGCAGGAGGGUAUGACGGAGCCCACAAUCGUUGUAUUCGAGGACAACAAUGACAGUGAUUAUGUUCCGCCUCGUACGAGGAAGCGGACGGCAACUCCCGAUCUUGCAGUUUCGAGGAAGAAUCCAUCGAAGCGAGCCAAGAGUCAAAGUGCACAAGAGGGAGUUCAUCAGUCUCCUCAUUCGCUGAGAUCUUCUAAGAGGUCUUCCGGAAAGAGAGAGGAUGCUGUCAAGCGCUCUGACGACACUCGCUCGCCCUUUGGAGAAAGAGACCAGACCGUGAAAUCACCCACCUCCAAGGAAGAUCAUGAUUCAGACCUCAGCAAUGCAAAGAAGGCGCCAAAAACAGCACCGUCAAAUCAGGACCACUCUCCAGUCACGAUAAAGAUCUCGCCUGGGAAUGGCGACACUGGCCACAUCGCUCUGCAUCUGUUGCCCAGUCCAGCACACAUCCAUCAUUUGUUACCUUCGCCAAGGUUCCCGCAUUUCCAAUGGCUGUAUGGGAAAGUGUGGACGGAUGCGGACGAGCAGAUGUUCGAGCUCGAGCGGCGAAAAACCCCAGCAAUCUUGUCUCGAGACUACAUUGAAGUACAAUUCGAAGCCGAGAUGAAGCUUUGGAAAGCGAUGGUCAAGCUCUUCGGUUGCCUCCCGCAUGUUCUCUUCCGGUACGGGCUCAGAGUCGACAACGCAACUCACACGGUACAGGACCCAGACUUCUGGCUGAAGGUUAAGAGAGGGAUGCCCAAAGACUUGGCGGAAGAGCUCCUGACGCUUCUACCACACCCAAUCUGGGAUGGCCGAAUCGAGCUGCUACGGUACGCACUCCAGCUUUCGGUUUCUCACCGAGUUAAACAGCAUAUCCGACCCCUCGGGAGAGCUGUCGAUGUCGUGGAUAUUGGUGUAGACAUUUACAAUGCGAUCGAGAUGCUGCGAAGUGACAAAGACGAGUCUGAGGCAGACGCCAUGCUCGGAGACUACCACUUCGAGAUGCUCAUGAGAGCGGGUGUUGGUGCGGACAAAGACAUGAAAGCUCUCGACAAAUCACUCCAGGCAUCUAUCGAGCAGGAAGAAGCCGCUUUCCCCGAAGAACGACUCCUCUUCCUCCUUCGAGCAACCGACGUCGAGGCUGUGAGGAACGCGCUGGACCGCAUGUAUCACCUCGGCGCGCCCAAGUGGCGGCCCUGUAGUGACUAUCACACACAGUAUGAGAAGCACGGCGCAGCCGCGGCGGGUGUGGGCGAAGACGUCCAGAACAUGAGCUGUACGACAUUCAUGGCGUGGAGAGUGCACUGUUGCAUGGCGGAGGAGCGCGAGAAGGCGAUUCGGACCAAGCUGCGGAACAACAAUGCCCCCGACCUCCUCCUGGACAUGAGGGAGUCGGAUCCGAUCCCGUGGUACUUUCUGAGCAGGCGAAUGUCUGUGGAGCAGAAGCGGGUGCUCAGCGGAGUGGUGUACCCCCCGUGGGAAGAGGCACUGCCUGUGGCUCAGGGGCUUUCGACGACGAACGGCUCGAGGAACACUUUGUGA